AAAAACGAAAGAAAGGAGUGUUAGAUUACAUUGAAGAAAGGCAAGAAAAGAAGCUACAGAAGAAAAUUACUGUCAUUGAAAGAAGAAAAGAGAAAAUGGCCAAGAAGAAGAAAUCAUUCCGUGCUGACCUUGGACAACUAGAGGAUAUGAAGAAGAAGGCUAAAGAAGAACGCAAAGCUGAACUGAAAGCAAGAAAAGCUUAUUACAAUAUCCACGGGAAGCUUGUUUACAGUAAAUUUGACUUCUCGGAGCACACUCCCAUACUUCAAGGUGUGGAGACAAAAUUAAGACCAGAGGACUUGAAGGUGAUGCUUGCCAAGACUCUAAAGGAGAAGGAAAAGAGGAAAGAUUUAGAGCAGAAAGGUGCUGGUGAUGUGGCAGCAAAGAGAAUGGAGGAAGCAGCUUGGAGCUCAGCAAUGCAGAAAGCUGAGGGGAAAAAAGUUCGAGAUGAUGUAGAUUUAUUAAGGAAAUCAAUCAAACUAAAAGAAAAACGAAAGAAGACGAGUUCAAAGAAGUGGGAACAUCGCAAGGAGAUGGUGCAGAAGAGACAGGAGGAGAAACAAGCAAGAAGAAAGAGAAAUAUAAAAGCACAGAAAGAGAGAAGACUGAAUAAGAAGAUGGAAAAAAUGAAAUCUAAAGGUCACAUAGUACCAGGCUUUUAAAUAGUGAGAAAAAAAGAAAAAAAGAAAAAAAAAA